AGGUAAGCUAAAAUGAAUUAAGUUCGGGCUCGAUGAACAUAAAAAGUAGAAAACAUGGCUGCAAGCCGUGUGGUAAAAAUGUCAUUAAAGUCAUUUACUCCAGUAAGCUUGUCAGUGAAUCAGACUAAUCAACUGAAUCAAAUUAGAACAAAAAUGGUAGACCACAGAAUGGUCAAGGACCACAAAAAGAGGAAAAUACUUCAGGAGCAUGGUCCCGAGAGGUUCCGCAUAAAUAUGGUCCGCAAAAGCAAAGAAAUACCAAGAGAAUUAAAGGAGAUAGCUGAUAAAGAGAUCAAGGAAUUUCCACUAAACAGUUCAUACUCUAGAAUACAUAAUAGAUGUAUAUUGUCUUCACGUCCUCGUGCUGUGCUAAAGAGAUGGCAUAUAAAUCGAAUUAUGUUUCGCAGUCUGGCAGAUUACAAUAAACUUUCUGGGUUUACAAGAUCCUCAUGGUGAUUAAGGACUGAUUUUAUGUCUUUCAUAUAUAUUUCAGUUUGAAAAUAAAUUAAUAAAGUUAUGGAUACAA